UUUUCAGAACUAUUUUAAGGUUUAUAUGCAUAUGUGUGUGUGUGUGUGUGUGCGCGCGCGCAUCCUUACAUGUGUGUGUAUAUAUACAUACACACACACACACACAAAUAUAUAUAUGAAUGUUUGUUUGUCCUGUAUGCAUUCCUAAACCAUUCGAUCUACUGCGAUGACAUUUUGCACACUAGACCUUCGAAACAUGAGGAAGGUUAUUAUUUACAUGAAAUUUUGUUUUCUUUGCAUUCAAAAUAAGGGUAAAAUUACUCUCUACAAUUGAUUUAACAAAAGGUGGAUCUGUCUACAUUAAAUAAAAUAAAACACCCCCACCCUUUUUUCUCACCCUCUGAAACCGAAUUUUGGUACUUUUUGGUGAAAUUUAGCACACUUUGCAUUUAAAUUAAGGGGGAAAUGAGGGGAUUGUCGAAAAAUGACCACUAUCAUCCUUUCCCACACUUUAAAGCAGAAAUAUGGUACUGCUCAAUGAAAAUUGGCUCACAUAACGUUGAAAAUAAGUAGUAAAUUACUGUUCAACAUAUAAUUUAGUAAAAAGUGUAAGGUCACUCACUUCAUAUAUGAGAUUUUUAAAAAUCACCCCAACCCCCUUUUAAAUCCCUUUAAACAUAAUGUUGCUACAUAUAAAAGAAUGAAGCACAAUUAAUGUUAAAAAAAAGAGGAAAUUAUCUGCUUUUUCUUAUUUCAAACUAGCCUUUCCUAUCUUUCCACAUAAGGUUUCAGAUACCACCCUGUCCCCCUUUCCAAUCCUUGAAAACAAGAUUUUGAUAUUUAUGAAAUUUUGCACACUUGGUGUUAACAUUAAGAGGAAGAUAACUGUCUCUAUCUGAUUAAAAAAAAGUCUCCCAUCCCCAUGUCUACAUGAGUUUUCAAAAAACCACUACUAAUUCACCUUACAACACCUAAAGCAAUAUUAUGAUGAAUCUUGAUGAAAUUUUGGGACUCGACGUUCCAGUUAAGAUAAAACUGUCUACAUUUAAUAAAAAUUCACUCUUAUCUAAUUAUCUAUGUGAGAUUUCAAAAAACCACGUCCUUCUACCUUUAUACAUAAUUUCAGUGUAAAAAAAUUGUAUACAGACAGUCAAAAUGCUUUUGCGUGAUCGACGGAUCAUGAUAAUUGUUUCAGCUAUCAAGACUUGUUACGUAAACAAACAGUGAUGCUUUCAUGCGAGACUAUGUAAUCAAGCAUUUGUGGUCAUUUAUCUACCAAAACCACUUAACGAGGUUAAGAUAGGUGUGACCACUCAAGGGGCAUCCAGAUAGUAUGAGGACUACACUGGACGUGCGGCCAGUACUAACGAAAGUUUGGCUACGUGGACGCGAUGCACCGUGUCAUAGUGCUCGUAGCUGCUGCUACCACAUUGUGUGCUCCUGUGCCAAGUGAAGACUUUGACGGUCCUAGACGAACUUCCUGUGGUUACGCAGCAUGCAACCAAAGUAUUCCUGGAAUGGUGAACGUCCAUUUGAUACCCCAUUCACACGAUGAUGUCGGCUACAGAAAGACUGUUGACCAGUACUACUACGGAAUUGUAACCAACAACACUGCUAAGGGCGGAGUUCAAUACAUCAUUGAUACAGUCGCAAGUGAAGUAGCCAAGGACCCUAAGAAAAGGUUCGUGCAGGUGGAGACGGAGUUCCUGCGGAGGUGGUGGAAGGAGCAGGGCGACGACGCCAGGCGCCUGUACCGCCGGCUGGUCGACGAGGGACAGAUAGAGAUCAUCGGCGGCGGGGCCGUGAUGAACGACGAGGCAGACACGCACUACCAGUCGACCAUCGACCAGUUCAGCCUGGGCCUCAGGCUGCUGGAUGAGAUGCUGGGCGAGUGCGGUCGCCCGCGGAUUGGCUGGCAGAUCGAUCCUUUCGGCCACUCCAAGGAGACUGCAUCCAUCAUGGCGCAGAUGGGGUUUGAUGCGCUCUUCUUUGCGCGCCUCGACUACCAGGACAAGCAGAGGCGCAAAGACAUGCAGACCAUGGAGAUGGUGUGGCGAGCAAACAAAAACUUGGGUUCUUCUGCCGACUUGUUCACGAGCAUCUUGUACAAUCACUAUAAUUUCGCUCCUGGAUUCUGCAACGACAUAACCUGCUCUGAGGAUCCCUUCAUUGACAACAAGCGCAGUCCCGACUACAAUGUUGAUGAAAAGGUGUCGAAGUUCCUCGAGUUCAUCAACGAAGUGGCGGAGGCGUACACCACGGACCACAUCAUGCUCACGAUGGGGCAAGAUUUCACCUACCAGUCGGCGCACAUGAACUACAAAAAUAUGGACAAGCUCAUCAAGUACGUGAACGCGCUCCAGCAGAACCACAGCAACAUCAACGUGUUCUACUCCACGCCGUCGUGCUACGUCAAGGCCCUGCACGACGCCAACCGGACGUGGACGACCAAGAGCGACGACUUCUUCCCGUACGGCAGCGACCCGCACUCGUACUGGACCGGCUACCACACGUCGCGGCCCACCGACAAGCGCUACGAGCGCGUCGGGAACAACUUCCUGCAGGCGUGCAAGCAGCUGUCCGUGCUCAGCGGGACGAGUGAAGAGGAGUCGAAGCGCGGGCUGGACUACCUGCGCGACGCCAUGGCCAUCCUGCAGCACCACGACGCCAUCACCGGCACGGACACGCAGAACGUGGCAGACGACUACAUGAGGAUGCUGUCCCAGGGGAUGGACCAGUGCGGCAGCGUCAUCAGCUCGGCCAUCAACAAGCUCCUGAGCGAGCAGUCGGGCACGGGGGCCAGCCUGGCGCUGGAGUCCUGCCCGCUGCUGAACAUCAGCCAGUGCCGCACCAGCGAGCGUUCUCCGCAGUUCCUGGUCAGCGUGUACAACCCGCUGGCUCGCCCCGCAUCGCUCUACGUGAGGCUGCCCGUGGCCGGCCGCAGCUAUGUCGUCAUGGACCACGCCGGCACAACAGUUCCCUCCCAGCUGGUGCCCGUGCCGCAGUCCGUGCUGGACCUGCCGUACAGGAACAGCUCAGCCAAUCAGGAGCUGGUGUUCAGGGCCGCCCACAUCCCGCCGCUCAGCCUGCGAUCCUACAAGGUCUCCUCCGCGCAGAGCACUUCGCAAGGGCACAGCGUCGCGAGCAGCGAUCACACAAUCACCAACGGGAAUGUAACCGUCGAACUAAACAUGGACUCAGGAAUUGUGGAGAAGAUUUACAUGAACAACAUCGACUUGCAUUUAUCUCAGUCUAUGCUGCACUACAAUGCCUUUCUCGGGAAUGAUGCCGAGUCAGCCAACACAUCGUCAGGGGCAUACAUAUUUCGACCAACGGAGGCUGGUGUCCAGAAAAUUACAGACAAAGUCAAUGUGACCAUCUAUAAAGGGGACUUAAUUCAAGAAAUACAUCAAGUUUUCAACAGUUGGGUGAGCCAGGUCAUUCGAAUUUACAAGGAAGAAAAUUUUAUUGAAUUUGAAUGGAUGGUUGGACCAAUACCUGUUGACGACGGCGUCGGGAAGGAGGUGAUCUCCCGGUUCACCACGGAUCUGGACUCGAAGGGCGUGUUCUACACGGAUGCCAACGGGAGGGAAAUGCAGAAGAGGCAGAGGAACAGCAGACCGACGUGGGCGUGGAACAUCUCCGAGCCGGUCGCGGGCAACUACUACCCCGUCACCUCGAGGAUAGCGAUCAGGGACGAGGCGAGAGGGCUGGAGCUCAUCGUCCUCAACGACCGGUCGCAAGGCGGCAGCAGCCUGCGGGACGGCCAAGUUGAGCUCAUGGUGCACAGACGCGUGCUCAAGCUGCAGCACUACGCGGAGGCGCUCAACGAGACCGCGUUCGGGGCGGGGGUGGUGGCCCGGGGCCGCCACGUGGUGGUGGUGGGCAACACAGCAACGCGAGGGAGGCUCCUGUCCAACCAGCUGCUGCUGGCCCCGUUGGUGUUCCUCUCGCCCGGGGACGGCAACCCCGUCCAGGUCAAAGGGCUAAAAAAUUCUCUUCCUGAGAAUGUUCACCUGUUGACGCUGGAGCCUUGGAGAAACGGGACUAUCCUCUUACGAGUCGAGCACGUCAUGGAGAAGGACGAAGACUCUGAAAUGUCACAGAAUGUCACCGUCGACUUGAAGGAAAUGUUGGCACCCAUGGCAGUGCGAUCCCUGUACGAGACUACGCUGGACGGCAAUCAGAAGCUAUCGAGCAUGGAGCGGCUCGAGUGGCGCACCGCCGACAGCGCCAGGCCGCACCUCGGCCACGGAGCAAACAACUUCUCAGUCUCUCUCAGCCCGAUGCAAAUACGCACGUUCGUGGUCACGGCCGACCACGGGACCUUCCCGCCGACUGCCCCCGCGAGCGGUGGGCACAGCACUUUCCUCGGGAACUGUUCCUUGCUUCUGUUUUGUUUGUGUGCUGCACUGAUACUGAACGUUGCAAAGCUGGUGUAGUAAAGAAAUUACUAUCAGUACGAGACCAAAAUGUUUUGUUAUUCAUAACUAUUAUCAUAACCCAUCAUGAGAUGAAGUACUUAAAUAACUGUGUAAUCAAUAAACAAACAGCUUAGUAUUUCAGCUGUACAAAGCAUUCAAUAUUGAGGGGAUGCUUCAUGUCAUUUAAAAUAUUUUUUUGUUUGCAUUUUCAAUUUGUCAAGAUAUGAUCAUACAACCUAAUAGGUACAAAAAAAUUAUUUUACGUUUGUUUACAUUUGAAACUACGUACAGAAAAGCAUAAAAUAAAUAAAUGUUUUUAAAAGCCUAAUAAAUUUUUACAUUACCAUUA